GGAUCAGCCGAUUUAGCGUGUGGGAAGCGCGCCUGCCCGCUUGCCCGACCCGACCCAUCCAGCUCUGGCAAUCAUUCCUUUAUCCAACAUCGCACUUCUCCCAUAUCCUUUGUGCUUCCAAUGGCGCGGCUGAUCAUUACAUAUGCCAUUGGUUAGCUAAGGCAUUACUCUUUUUCAUCCCUUCUCCCUCUUCCUCACUACCUAGCUCAAGGGAGAGAUAGUUAGCAUUGCCACACUCUUGACAUACCGUAAAUAACUCGACUCCAAGCUAUCGAUUACAUAUUCUUAGAUAUCAUCCACCACACAGAAAGAGUCAAGAACAGUCUUAUAACGUCGGAAUGGGUUUCUGGUUGAGGCGGCCUGGAAAUGGGCUAUCCUCCUUCUCUCGCAUUAUUAUUAUCGUUGGAUACCUUCUCUGCCUCUCGCUUCACCACUUUGCGCUGGCGCAACCAUUAGAAAACACCUUAGAUUCACACAGUGACCAUCUCUCUAGCGAUGGCCGCCAAAAACUACUCAAUGGUCGCCCGAACACUGUCCCAUUGCGUGGCUCCGGAGGGUCAGCGCCGCAGAAACCAAUACACGACCCCAUUGCCCCCACUGAUACACUCAAGAAACUGCUAAACGCGUUGGAAGUAAUGCAAUCGUCAUAUUUUGAACUUUGGCAAGGGACCUGGCCGUCGAGCAUUGAUUGGACUGCGGCAGUUUUGGCAACACACGUCUCUGCAACGCUCUCCUCUCUGAGUAUAAAUCUCGAUAAUCUCGAUGGCGAUCAAUUAGCAGCCGCUGACGGCUCUACCCUUGCCUACGAGAACCUUAUAAACUCGUAUUUUUUGCAGUUAUCAACGUUUUACUUCGGGGAAGAUGCUUUCAGCCUGAGAAUGCAGGCGUACGACGACAUGCUAUGGGUAGUUCUUGAUUGGUUGGAGAACAUUAAGUUCCAAAACAUCCACUCUACUUUAUACUACUCUUCCUCCAUCUCCUCCGUGUCGAAUGACAGCCUGCGGUCAUCAUGGUAUGGAACCCAGUUCAGGAAGCCCGCUGCGCACAGAGCUCGGUUGUUCUAUGACCUAGCGUCUCAAGGCUGGGAUACUUCCCUAUGCGAUGGCGGAAUGGUUUGGAGCCCGUACCUCGAACCGUAUAAAAAUGCAAUUACCAACGAGCUCUUCAUUUCUGCGAGCAUUGGCAUGUACCUAUAUUUCCCUGGUGACGACAUCGAUUCACCCUUGCUUUCGGAAUCUACUACUGACGACAUGAUCUCCGAACCGCACAAUCCUUCCCAUCUGAAGGCCGCGAUUACCGCAUAUGAAUGGCUAAAAAACUCUAAUAUGACGCGUGAAAACGGGCUAUAUGCAGAUGGGUUCCACAUCCAAGGAUGGAGGGACAAAAGCAAUCCUGGUACUGGGAAGUGCGACGUUUUAGAUCCGAUGGUAUACACCUACAACCAAGGCGUUUUACUUAGCGGACUCAGGGGCCUCUGGCUUGCCACUGGAGCGAAAUCCUAUCUGGAAGAUGGUCACGAACUGGUACGGAAUGUCAUCAAGGCGACUGGAUGGCCUAACACUUCUAGCCAAAAAUGGCAAGGCCUGGGACGGGCUGGAGUUCUUGAGGAAGCAUGCGACAGCUCAGGGAGCUGUUCACAAAAUGGCCAUACAUUCAAAGGCAUUUUGUUCCACCAUUUAGCCGAAUUCUGUCGCCCUCUCACAAACGACGAAGAACAAUAUCUCUCUUCCUCCAUUCGCAAAAGGACAACAGCUAAAAUGAUCAAGUCCCAGAGGGGGGACUAUGAAUGGCAUCAAGAGAAAUGUGAUUCUUACUAUUAUUGGGUGGCACACAAUGCGAAUGCUUCAUACGUGACGAAAGAUGAGGACGGAAAGUUUGGUAUGUGGUGGGGAAAGCCGUAUCCACACACUGAUCUCCAUCCCACCCAGAUAUCUCCCUUGCCAGAUGGCGCUGUCGACUACAUCAAUGAAGGCCCGUUUGCAGGUGUUCGUGAUGAUGAUGAGUCCCAUCAGCGGUUACCGAAAGGUGCAGAUACUGAAAUAUACUUUGGGAGAUAUGGAAAGCUGCCCUUCUUGAAAAAGAAAAGGAAUGAGGGGACAUCCCGCUCAUAUCGCCGCGAAAGGGAUCCUGCUGUUUUAAAGGAUGUGAAUGACCGUGGCCGGGGGCGCACUGUUGAAACUCAAUCCGGUGCUGUGGCUGUUCUUCGAGCCUUGUUCCAAUGGGAAAUGGCUCGUAAAUAGUGGAUAGCAUUAAAUUGUUUCCUACGACUGACGAAGUACAUACAUGUUCAUCUACAUACUCUUUUGAUGUAUUGUUAUUCUUUAACCCCGAGCUCCUUGCAUUGCAAAUCUUCACUGUUCAUAUCCCUUCUCCACACAAAUGCAAAUCCAAUACGCUUGGAUUUUCACCAUUAAUGAACAGGAUUCUCUAUUGACACGUGUACUGAACAACCUAUUUCAUAUCCGAAACUAGAAGCAAGGGCAAACGCCAAUAUUCCUCCCAUAGCUCAAGAGAACGGAGGAAAUGAUUUGUGUCAAGUUUUUAAGCUCUUUGCUAGAAGCCCGAGUGGCGGCUUUCCACUUCCUGCGUAUGCGAGUGUGAUGUUGCACACUCUGACUUCAGAGAUGGCUACAGCUCUCCCUCCUGAUGUUGUACAAAGGAGCAGCGUGUUUCACCUCCUUAUUAGCAAAAAUCAAAACCUUGUUAUCAUCCAAUGCCGAGUGAUUCUUCUUAUCCAUAUCUGCGAUAGCGAAUUAGGCUGUAUUUUAUGGGACAUACCCUCUCCUUCAAACCUAGCCCCCCUUGCCUUCCCGCUCAUCUUGCUCCAUCCAACAGAUGUCCAGAUUCAAUAUAGCGCAUUCCUGUCUAUCAAUUUUACCUAAACCUAAAUUCACCACACCUUAUGAACUACACAGAGUCACGCCAGAUGAAUGCGCUGAAUUGCAUGCAUACCUGUCCAUCAGCGUACCACCUAUUGAAGGUGAGACAAUGGGGUUAAAAAGAAAAGAGUGUUCCUCUUCUCUAUCUUCCUUCAUGCACGCUUCAGAAUACGCAGAUGACAUUGGCUACAGCUCAUUUGGGGGGUGGGGGGUGGGGGAAAGGGGGAGAAGAAACAAGCAGGGAUCCCAGGAACCCGGUUCAGAAAAUCGAAAAAAAAAAACUCACUACAGAAAAGCAAGGAAGAAAGACAUUCCCGAUCAAAAAGAGCAAUAAUAAAGUAUGAAUAGAAACAAAUAGAAACAUUGGAAGCAUAUGCUGUACUCACCAUGUGGUGCCACUUCUACAGACAGUUUUUCUUUUUUGAGCGUGACACAGCUAAACACCUCAACUCCGUUUGUUGUGGCCAGGCUUGCAGAAUCUCUUGUAUACUCUUCGAGGUGUGAUAUGUUGCUGAGGCGGGGAGACAAAUUAAUGACAAAAAACGAGACGCUUGAUUACAAUCCUGCAGCUCUAGAGAACUCGCUAGGAUUCUAUAUCUAUCUUGCACCAAUGCUCAGAAAGAGAGAAAGUUCCAGAUGUUCCCGAACAUGAUGCAUCAUAUCUACAUCAUCCCUCGCUACAUGUAGUCAGGGAAAGACUUAAGGGGAACCU